UAUUUGUUGAUUCGUGUUUUAUCUUCUUUUUCUAGCGGCCAUCAAGCAACAUGACAUAGCUGUCAGUUUCAUACCAACUCUACUGUCUAUUUGUUUAUGCAAAUCUAUGUAUCUGUUUGUUUAAUAUGGUGUAACUGUAAAGUUUAUUCAGAUAUUAUUUUUAUGAUAGCAUUACAGAAUAUUCCAAGUGAAUUUCCGUAGUGCCUGAUUAUUUCAGCACGUAAUAGAAUGUCUCUCUAUAAUCUGAGAAAUCCAGCUGUUAAACGUUUGAUGAGAGAAGCAGAAGAGCUGAGGAAUCCAACAGAAGAAUAUUGUGCACAGCCAUUGGAAGACAAUCUUUUUGAAUGGCAUUUUACUUUAAGAGGCCCACCAAACACAGAAUUUGAGGGUGGUAUUUAUCAUGGACGAAUAACAUUACCUAAUGACUAUCCAAUGAAACCACCUAGCAUUAUAUUGCUUACACCAAAUGGAAGAUUUGAAAUUAAUAAGAAAAUUUGCCUCAGUAUAUCAGGACAUCAUCCUGAAUCUUGGCAACCUUCCUGGUCAAUAAGAACAGCUUUGCUUGCCAUAAUAGGCUUUCUUCCUACACAUGGAAACGGGGCUAUUGGUUCUUUAGAUUACACUCCUGAAGAAAGAAAACGUUUGGCCUUGAAAUCACAGAAUUGGAAAUGUCCUGAAUGUGGUUACAUAAAAGGAUGUUUAAAAAGUCCUGAACCAGAAUCCUCCAAGGAAUCAGAUGUUCAGAAAGUAGAAACUGUGCCCCUAUCCUGUGUGAACGGAAGCACUACUGCAGAGACAGAGAUUCCUUACCACCAAAAUACACAUUCUGAAGAAACUGCUGAAAUAGAAACUAUUGAAACAAAUUUUAUCCAUGAGCAGUGUAAAAACACUUCUAAUGUUAUCUUCACUGAAACAGCUGAUGUAAUGAAUUUACCUGAUGUUGAAGGAACACCUGAAAAUGCACGUAUCAUACGACAGCGAAACAUAGCUCCUUCUCAGUUAUCGGCAGAAUCUGUACAGUCUGAUAAUGCGAGAUCUAUGCAGUCUUCUACGGAUAGAAGUGUUCAUAAUUAUGGUUCUUUGAUCAUGAUAUGGCUAAUUUUAGUUAUUAUAUUCCUUUUGAUUGUUAGACGAUGGUUAUUCUAUGAUUAUUCUCUUUAAUUUGUUAUGUGAUAUUUUUAUAUUAAAAAUAUUUUCAAAUUCUU